UUAUCAAUCCUUUCUUGCUGCCUUGCUUAUUAGCUUGCUUAGGUUAUAUGCGGAGACACUUCGUCCGCCGAGCUCGGGCGAGCAACUCAAGCGAGGAACCGCGCCGCAUCCUUGACUUCUCUCGGCUCAACAAUUCGCAAACAAACACCCCCUGGUCGAGAGCAGCCGCACAGUAAUGUCAUCGCAGCCCCCUCAAUAUGGUGAAGAACGCCCCGCGAAGCGAAGAAAGACCCGAAAAGGAACGCAAAGCUGCUGGGAGUGCAAGAAGCGCAAGGUUCGCUGUAUUUGGACCGCACCCACCGAUGCAGCAUGCGCCAACUGUGUGCGGAGAAGUGCAAAAUGCAUCAGUCAGGAAUACCCGGAUCAGCCUCAGCAAGGCCCAGAUGGGAUAGAGGAUCGCCUUCGCCGGGUCGAGGAUUUGCUUGCGCAACUGGUCAACUCGACAUCUGGAAUGUCGUGCCAUACAGUGCAAGCCAUCACGCACCAACAGUCGAGUGGGGAUGCCCAGAUGUGCCCUUCUCCUCCAGCGACUUUGACACCUGCUACUUUGCCAAACUCUUCAAGCGCAUCGUCCCGUGACUCUUACACUGGCUUGUCGCGAGACCUCCUUGUAGCAUGGCCUGCUCCAUGCGAUCUUGAGCGCAUCUUCACACUCCCGAUUGGACUUGCGAUACAUCACCAUUUGCAGUACCAAGUCUCUUCAUCUGCGACUAGGCCUAAAGAGACAAUCACAGUGCGCGAGAUGCUGCAACUGCCACCUCCAGAUUCACCCCCUAUUCUUGUUGCUCGCAAGCUGUUGCUCCUGGCAUGUCUUUUGCAUGGUGCACUUCCGACUGCCGACAUGGAAGAGAGCGAGCGAAGCUACUACAGUAACAUCAUGUCCCGCGCUGCUGAUACGGCUACGAGACUUGCAACGUCCAACGACGAGCUGACAGCUUCCAUCGAAGGCAUCGAGUGUAUCAUGAUGGAGGCCAUGAUUCAGAACCACACGGGCGAUUUGCAUCGAGCGUGGAUGGCAGUUCGUCGCGCAACAGCCGUCGCGCAGAUACUCGGCCUGCACCGGAAAAAUUAUCGGCUUCCUGUGUGUUUGUCGUCGGAGUCUCCCACGGUGUGUGGUGCGGAUCGGGAUGCGAUUUGCUUCUGCAUUGUCAACAUGGAUCGUUACCUGUCGCUUGUCCUAGGUCUCCCACCCUCAUCGUUCGAGGGACACACUCUUGGGCCUGCGGCGCUGGCCAACUGUCGUCCAUUCGACCGCAUGGUACGCAUGCAUUGCAUUAUUGCAGGGCAGAUUUUGACGCGCCAAACUGGAGCACUUGGCGCCAAAGCGUCGGAAAGCCUUGACGCAACCAACAAGAUGCUGCAAGACGCUGCCGCGCUGAUGCCCUCCGACUGGUGGCUGGUACCUAGCUAUGGAGAAAGCCAUAGCACUGGAAUAUCGGCUGUGCAAGAGACGACUCGCGCCAUGUUCCAGCUCUCUCACUAUCAUCUCGUGAUGCGGUUGCAUCUGCCCUACCUUCUCCGCUCGUCAGCGGACAACACGAGCGAUGGUAGCAAGGCUGCAGCAAUCCACGCCAGUCAAGAAUGCCUUUCCCGGUACAUUGCGUAUCGGACGUGGAAUACUGGACUGUCGUAUUGUCGGGGAGUAGACUUUCUCUCCUUCAUCGCGCUAACAGUAUUGUGUUUUGCUCACAUCGAUGCGUGGAACCAUCCCAACGCUCCUCUGGGCGCAGUACUCAAGCAUAGUCGGCUGAGUGACCGUGCCAUGAUGGAUCGUAUAGUAACAAUCCUCAAUGGGGUGCAGGGGGAUUCUAUGGUAGCCACUCUCUCGCGCGUCAUGCGAAAUCUACUUGAUGCUGAAGCGGCAGCGGCCAACGGGGUCUGUUACAACGCCAGUACUAGUGAAAAUGACGAAGAUCCCGCAGCAGGAUGUGGUGGCCAGUUUGUUGAUGGCGAGCAAGGGUCGCUUCAGCUUCAUAUACCAUAUCUUGGUUCACUCAGUCUCCACCGCAGGCCAGCAUCGAGCACCGACACAAUCCACGAUGUGCUGUCCGGCCAUGCUGACAAUAUCAUGGCGCCCACGCUCGUAGAAGGUAACCAAUGGUCACUGCUCGAUUGGUCGAAUGACCUUGGGACACCAGAUGAUCGGACGCUGCAGGGCCUCAAUGAAGCCCUUUUCGGUAGUCUCUUCGGUGAUAUUGAGGAUGAAUCCAUCGAUCCGAAUCCCGGCUGGUCGAUAGAUUUGUAG